GUGGCGCGAACCGUUCAAGAUGGCCGCGGAGAAGCUGAGGAGCAAAGCGAGCGCGGCUUUCAAGAUGCACGGCCUGCUCCUCCGCGCUGAAUCUGCGAAGUACCUGGCGGAAGUCCUUCAAACAGUUAAUGAAGUGGAACUUGAAGAUAUGAUAGAAAAUAUAAUUGAUGCUGUUGAAAAACAGCCUUUGUCGUGUAACAUGAUUGAAAAGUCCAUGGUGGAAGCAGCCGUUCUGGAGUGCAGCCAGACCUUAGAUGAAACCAUGGAACAUAUUUUCAACAUUAUUGGAGCUUUUGAUAUCCCACGAUAUGUUUACAAUUCUGAAAGAAAGAAAUUUUUACCAAUUCAACCUUAUACAAGCCUCUACCAAUUUUCUUUCAGUCUCUCAAUGACCAGCCACCCUGCACCCAAUUUAUUUGGUUCUGCCAGGGAUAAAGCAGAAUUGUUUUGUGAACGUUACAUCAUCUUGCAGCAGAGAACCCAUAGACAUGAAUUAUUCACACCACCAGCUAUUGGUACACACCCAGAGGAAAGCAGAAGUAAAUUCCAGCUCAAAACUCUAGAAACUCUCUUGGGCAGCUCGGCUAAAGUUGGUGACGUGAUUGUUCUCGGGAUGAUUACCCAGCUCAAGGAGGGAAAGUUUUUCUUGGAAGAUCCUACAGGAGUCGUCCAGCUGGACCUUAGUAAAGCACAGUUCCACAGUGGCUUAUAUACAGAGUCAUGUUUUGUUUUAACAGAAGGGUGGUAUGAAGAUGAAGUGUUUCAUGUCAAUGCCUUUGGGUUUCCUCCUACAGAAUCUUCUGCUACAACUAGGGCAUAUUAUGGAAACACAAACUUUUUUGGAGGGCCUUCUUCAAUCUCCGUAAAAGCUUCUGCCAAACUGAAACAGCUGGAGGAAGAAAAUGAGGAUGCCAUGUUCGUGUUCCUUUCAGAUGUUUGGUUGGACCAAGCGGAAGUUUUAGAAAAGCUUCGCAUGAUGUUCUCAGGUUAUUCCUCCAUGCCUCCAACUUGCUUUUUCUUCUGCGGGAACUUUUCUUCAGCUCCGUAUGGAAAAAAACAAAUUCAGUCACUGAAAGGUUCCUUGAAAGCCCUUGCAGACAUAAUAUGUGAAUAUCCCAGUAUCCAUGAGCGUAGCCGAUUUGUGUUUGUUCCUGGCUCUGAAGAUCCUGGCCCGGGCUCCAUUUUGCCAAGGCCACCACUUAAUGAAAACAUCACAGAGGAAUUCAGACAGCAGGUGCCGUUUUCUGUUUUCACUACAAAUCCUUGCAGGGUCCAGUAUUGCACACAGGAAAUAAUAAUCUUCCGAGAAGACUUGGUAAAUAAGAUGUGCCGGAAUUGUGUCCGUUUUCCUUGCAGCAAUUUGGAUAUUCCUACUCAUUUUGUAAAGACCGUUUUAUCACAAGGGCAUUUGACUCCAUUGCCAAUCAACGUUAGUCCUGUCUACUGGGCCUAUGACUAUACUUUGAGAACCUACCCUCUGCCAGAUCUGAUUGUCUUUGCUGACAAGUAUGACCCGUUCACUGUGACCAACACAGAUUGCCUCUGCAUAAAUCCGGGAUCUUUUCCGAGGAGUGGCUUUUCAUUCAAAGUAUACUACCCCUCUAAUAAAACAGUUGAGGACAGCAAACUCCAAGGUCUUUGAGUCUCAUUCAAGAACAGAAAAUCAAACAUCCUGGCCAUAACACUGCAGAAGCACUACUUCUAGGAGCAGGGAUUUUUAUUGGAUGUUAUAGCCAACGUUGAACUUUUCGUAUAUACAUCUUCAAAUAAAGGACUAAAAUUCGUGUGUGGCAUGUUUGCAUUAACCCUCAAGAAU